AUGCACCAGCCACGGCGCCAUGGCGGGGACGACGUGUCUUUCUCCGCUUACAACGUAGACAACGAGGACUAUUUCGCCUUCUUACCAAGUGACGAGUCCAUGAGCGACGUGGAGGAUACUCCAAUGUCGCCUGUGGCCACUAAAACGCGCGAUCCGGUGGAAGAACUGGCCUCUGUGUUCGCGUCCUCGAGCUCCAUCAACUCCAGCAGAAUUCUGACGCCAACCAGCAGUUUAAACGGCAGUAGACCAACGCACAAAGCAACUAAACGGACGCAAGAACAAAUGAAAGCUCCAGCUCCAGGUGUGUUCGAGCUCGGGGGAGGUGAAGAGCUGAGAGUCUCACCCCGAGCGUUAGAGCAACACACAGCACGACGAACGCACCUGCAAGAAGCUCUAGAUACUGCUACAGACAAUUCUAUGAGCGAUGGAGGCUACGGAGAAGCUCCGUUCCGAUUCCAAGCGCAGCGCAAGAAGCGGGUGACUUUUGCGGAGGCUAUGGAGGUGUCGGGUGCAUCUCCAUCUCCAGUGACCGAACGAGCGGAAGGCCAUGCGCCAGAGAAGAAGAGUUUGGGCAGACGGCGUCCUGUUGCAAAGAGAGAGGACGAUUAUGAUGAAGACGAAGAAGAGAACGAGACAGGGGAGACAGAUCCGCUGUACGACGAGCAGCUGGACGACGCAGACGAGCAGUGGGUGCAGACAAACUUGUGUGGAACUCGUGCUACAAAACCCGAGACAGAUGCAACUUUGUGUUGUCCAUGUUGCUUCGUGACGGUGUGUAUGGUUUGUGAGAGGCAUGCAACAUACACGAACCAGUAUCGAGCGACUGCAGCGAUUAAUUGUCGUGUAAAACGUGAUGAGAUUCUCGCGUACACGUCAGGUGAAGGCAGCCAAGUGCCAGCAUCGCUACCAUUCCACAAACGACAGACUCUGGUUGCUAGCAACAAGGCAACUUCGAGUGGUCAGCAACUUGCCCGGUUACUGCAAGAAGACGAGUUUUACCCGGUGGCAUGCUCAGACUGCGGUACUAUGGUCGGCGUCUUCGACCGAGAUCAGCAUUAUCACUUCUUUAACGCCUUACCUAGCAAUUGCUAG